AUGUCAAGUUUUUCAAGAUUACACAAGGUGUUGAAAGGAAACAUUUCCAAAAUAGACAACGAGAAGCGGGAGGAAUUAGAUUUGAGAGCUUCGAGCAUAAUCUGCAUGCCAUUAGCUAAGAAUAUUCUUGCGAAUGUUCUUGGUACGUCGUCAACCAAAGAGCUUUCGGAGAAACUUGAAGGGCUAUAUCAAGGAAAGGAUAAAGUUUUGAAACUCAUAUGGUCUCUUCCAUCUUCCUAUGAGCAUAUUAAACCUGUUUUGAUAUAUAGGAAAGAAACUUUGAGUUUUGAAGAAGUUGCUAGUAAAAUUAUUUCUGAAGAAAGAAGAUUGAAAGGUGAGGAUAAUACUUUAUCAAACUCGGUAUUGGUUGCUAGAGGAAGGCCUUAUGUGAAGAAAAAAAUGAAACGGGUGAGAGAUGUUGCAAAUGUGGAAAUAUUGGACAUAUAA